GAGACCAGAAAAACGACAACGCGAGAAAAAUUAGUAUUUUUGCACUUCACAAAUUAAUGACCAUGAGUUCGUUUUUGAUAAACUCCAACUACAUCGAACCCAAGUUCCCUCCUUGCGAAGAAUACUCAGAGCUCGGCGGCGGCGGCGGCAGCGGCGGGAACAACUACCACCCUCCACACUCCCACCAACACCCCCAUCCCCAUCAUCCCCAGCAACAGCAAAAACUACGGCAGCUGCACCUGCGCCAGCCUCUUCCCGAUUUCUACCAGCGGCCGAGCAGAGAGCCGGGAUACCAGCCGCCGCAGACCCCCGAGGCUCGGUACCUUACUCAGCCCCCCCACUACCCCGAGUCCCCAUACGAUUACAGCAGCCUCAGCGCCACCCAUGGGCAGGAGCAUCCAGCUCCCGGAGCCUCGCCACCCCACUCAGCGCCGCUGCCGCCGGCUUCAUCAGCUCCUGCCCCCAAGGGCCAUCAAGUGGCCUCCCAACCCUUGCUCCAGGGCCACGGCCCACAGCCUCAGCCCCAGCAGCGUGCUUAUGAAGCAGCUCUGCGAGCACCUUCCGUGGGGAGUCCCGGCUGCCCCCUUUUGCCCGAAAAGAGCACGCCCGGCCUCAAAGGGAAGGAGGCGCCGGUGGUGUACCCCUGGAUGAAGAAGAUCCACGUGAGCACGGUCAGCCCCAGCUACAAUGGAGGUGAGCCAAAAAGAUCUCGGACUGCCUAUACAAGACAACAAGUCCUGGAGCUGGAGAAGGAGUUCCAUUUUAACCGCUACCUGACCAGGAGGCGACGCAUUGAGAUCGCGCACACACUCUGUCUGUCUGAGCGGCAGGUCAAGAUCUGGUUUCAGAACAGGCGGAUGAAGUGGAAGAAGGAUCACAAAUUGCCCAACACCAAGAUGCGCUCCUCCAACAAUUCUGGUCUCCACCAGCCAGCCAAAGCUGCAGCCCAGCAUCACCCACCAACUCCCAGAAGCAGGGCCACUUUAAACUCAGCCUCACUAUGAUGGCCAGACUCACUUGGAGAAAGAGACACUCGGGGAAAGAGACACCCUAACAUUUCUCCAAUGCUUGCCUCUUUUUCCUUUUGGCCUGGGGACCAAGCAAUUGCACUGGGGGUAGAAACAGCAGAAUAAAAAUCUGUGCUGAAAAAAGCACAUGCGCCAUUCAAACCAAAAAGUAAAUAAGCUUUGGACAGUAUUACUCCUUUAUAAAUAUGUCUUGCCCUCCAUGAUCUUUUUUUUAUUAUUUAUGGGAGCUUUGGAUGGAACAAAUGUUUAAAAACCACUCUUUGUAUAAAUGUUUUGAGGCAACAUAGUAUUGAUAAGUGACUUUGCAUGUAAAUCCUAGGCUUGUGUUGUUCUGUGGAAUGUUUGUUCCUGCACCCUUGGAAGAGGCAGAAGUAAACUAGUCUGAUUUCACUAAAGUCAUUUGGAAAUUAGGGUGGGGGGGGGGACACUCAGCAACCACACAGUCUCAUCCCUAACUGGCUGAAGAAAGUGUUUUCCAUGUAUCAAGAGUAAUAUUUUUUUUAAGUGUAGUUCUUGCUCCAGUUGUGAUAGUAGUUUCCCUAACAUUGCAUUUAUUAUUUUUAAGAAAAAUGAACCAAUGUUGCUCUAAAAGCUCAGCCUAUACUCAUGUCAUAUCACAGUCCAUGUCUAUGAACAAUAUGUGAAUUCUAUAUGUACACAUUUGUGAAAGUGUGUUGUGUGUGUAUGUAUAUCAAUGUAUAUAUAAAUAUAUAUAUAUAUAUAUAUAAAUAUAAUGUCCAGUGCUGUUAAUAAAGAAUAUUCUGUACAGAAAUAAAAUUAAAAGCACUA